AGCGCGGCGGCGGGGAUGCUGAGCGAAGCGGAGAGCGGGGGCGGAGCCGUCCCCGGCACCGGGGAGAGCCCCGCGGGGGAACCGGCGGCCGGGGUGGCCAAACCCGCGGCCCCCGCGGGCGGCGUCGCGGCUCGGAGCCAGGCGGCCAAGCGCGUGCUAGCCACCCAGGUGCAGGGCACAGUGAAAUGGUUCAACGUCCGCAAUGGCUAUGGAUUUAUAAACAGGAAUGAUACCAAAGAGGAUGUGUUUGUGCACCAGACAGCGAUCAAGAGAAACAAUCCUCGUAAAUUCCUGCGAAGUGUUGGAGAUGGGGAGACGGUGGAGUUCGAUGUUGUGGAAGGAGAGAAGGGGGCCGAGGCGGCCAACGUCACUGGCCCGGGCGGCGUUCCCGUGAAAGGCAGCCGCUAUGCUCCCAACCGCCGCCGCUUUCGCAGGUUUAUCCCCAGGCCCCGGCAGUCUCAGCUGCCUCCGGAUGCUGCCCGGCCAGAAGGGGCCGCGGAGACCGUCAGCGAGGGGGAGAGAGUGGACGAUGCGGUACAGCAGCGCCCUCGCAGGAGGCGCCCCCCACCUUUUUUCUUCCGCCGGAGAUUCGUGCGAGGGCCCCGGGCUCAGCCCCAGCAGCAGCAGCAGGCUCAACCAGUGGAAGGCUCUGAAACCACAGAACCCAAAGAUGCCCCCCAGCCCGAGGGAGACCAGUCACAGCAGAUCCAGGCUGGAGAGAGAGCCCCAGCGCCUCGUUUCCGUCCCAGAUACCGCAGACCUUUCCGCCCCCGUCCACCGCAGCAGCCCACCACGGAGGGGGGAGACGGCGAGACGAAAGCAGCACAAGCCCCGGCGGACGGCAUCCGUCCUGAGCCGCAGCGGCAGCGCAACCGGCCUUACUUCCAGCGUCGACGCCAGCAGACAGCUGCGGCUCGCCAGACAGCAGCUGAGGCAACCCCUGCAACCAAGGAGCAGCCAGCCCCGAGCUCCGCAGCUGCCGGCGGAGACACCCCUGCGGCCAGUGCUCCUGCGAUGACUCAAGAGGCCGCAGUGGAAGCCAGCAAGCCUGCUUCCCCAGCCCAGGAAAGUCCCACCCAGCCGCUGCCGGAAAUCCAGCAACAGCUUGUGGAUAUUUCAACACCUGAGCCAGGGGGAGAGCUUGCCCCAGCCUUACUGGCAUGAAGAACCUGCACACAAUGAGGGGAUGCCAAGAGCUGUGAUCUGGUAUCCAUAAUGUGCCUCCAACCCAAGUUACCUCAUCCUGCACUUGAAGAGACCCCAAACUUCACCAAUACCCCCUUUGCUGCUGUUGAAGCCCUAAAUGUUAAAAUAAUAAACCUGACGGGGGAACUUGACCAAAAAGAAAAGUCACUUUGCUUUAAAAAAAAAAAACCUUCCGGGGGGUUUGUCUUCCCCCUCCCACAGCUUUGCCAGUUAGAGAAAAAGAAACUGGCUGUUGAAUCUUCAGUUAAUUUUUUUCUCCCCCCAUUGUUGAAGAACACCCUGUGUGAACCUUUGUGUGCAGUUUGGGCGUCAGUAAAAAGAAAAAAAAAAUUUGCACAGACCUGUGUGUCACCUGUUUUCUGUCAAAAAUUAAAUGGUAUUUUUAAACUGGA